AUGUAUUCUGAUUUGGAAUCUGAUUAUAUUAACCCGAUUGAAUUGUGUAGCAGAAUUAACAAGUUGAUUGGUCCAGAAGCUAUUUUGCAUGCUAUUAUAUCUCUAUUAUUCCUAAUUAACGGUUACUGGUUUGUCUUUAUCCUUAAUGCACCAAUCUUAUUUUUCAAUAUUAACAAAUAUUACAAUAAACUACAGAUGUUGGAUGCCACCGAAAUUUUUAGAACUUUGGGUAAACAUAAGAGAGAAAGCUUUUUGAAAUUGGGAUUCUAUUUGUUUAUGUUUUUUUUCUACUUGUAUAGAAUGAUCAUGGCAUUAAUCGAUGAAGAAUCAUCCCCAUAA